AAUUAUUUUAUACGUUAUUUAUCGCGUUUAAAUUAAUUAAAUUUCUUAAUAAGAGAGCAAGCAUGGGUGACUUGGUCGAAUUACGUACAUUUCAACUCACCCAGAAAACAAUUCCCCUCAAGGAACUGAGAAAAUGGAAACUUUUUAAUACCAUCGGCGACGGUUUUUUGCUAAAUGUUCGUCUCGCCCAUGUCCACGAAGAAUUAGGAUUUCUGGUGACUACAGACGAUGAUGUGUACGCCUUCGGUACCAGUUAUAGUGGAUCACUUGGUAUCGGCAGCAUAACACGGGCGUCCAUACCUGUCAAAAUUGACCCUCUUUGUGGGCAAAUGGUGAAAGAGUUCGCCAUUGGGAGCAGUCACUGUUUUGCGAUAACCGCAGAUGGACGAGUUUUCACGUGGGGCGAUAAUUCAAAGGGCAGAUUGGGGAUUGGAACGAACGACACAUCAAUAUCUACCCCAACAUUAGUUAAGUUUGGCGAAGGGGUAAAAAUUGAUAAAAUUUCGGCGGGAGGCAGGCACACCCUCGGUUUAACUAUGGACACGGCAGAGGUUUUUUCAUGGGGUUGGAAUGCAUGUGGCCAAUUAGGCCUGGGCAAUACCACGGAUCAAGACAAACCUUGCAAAGUUCCCGGGAAUCUUCAGAACAUUAGAAUCCAACAGAUUUCGUGCAGCUUUUACAGCUCGUUCGCCUUGAGCGAGUCUGGAGACGUGUACUCGUGGGGACUUAAUGAUGAUGGGGAAUUGUGCUUAGGAAAUACCACAAGAACAAAUUUACCAACUAAAGUAACCUUUGACAAACCUGUGAAGAAGAUUGCAAAUGGGUUAUAUCACACCCUUUUACUGACCACAUCUGGGGAGAUCUAUGCUUCCGGUUAUAAUGGAAGGGGACAAUUGGGCACUGGAAACACUACAAAUUUAUCCACCCCAACCAAAAUAGCAGCUACUUUGGGCAUCUUUGAUGACAUUUCUUGCAUGCCGUUUAGUAACCAGAGUUCCGCAAAGUCUGCAGACAAAAUUUUUAUUUGGGGGGAAAUCCAUAAAGGAAUCACUUGUAGUAAUCCAACAGAACUGGAGGCGAAUUUAUCAAAUUUUCCGCCCCUAAAUUUCAUCAAAUUUAAGGGGACCGCACAAAUUAUGCAUCAAUCGUUAUGUGCAUCAAACUGUGCCGAAAAUCCCCCCACCAUCAGAGAAACUCUACAGACGGCGAUAGACGGAGCAGGGACCGACGUAGCGUUUAAAGUUGAGGGACACCUCAUCAGGGUCCACAAAUCCAUACUUAUCUUGCGAAGUGAUUACUUUUCACGGAAAUUUUCACAAGAUUGGAAGCAACUAGAUAACCCGAUCGAAUUGCAAGAUAUUAAACGGGACACUUUCUACGCAUUGCUGUAUUACCUUUACACGGACAAAAUAUAUUUCUCGGAUGGAGAAAUUGAUAAAAUUUUAGAUUUGCUAAAAUUGGCUGACAUGUAUUGCGAUACUGGUCUAAAGGGAAAAUGCGAAUCGGUUUUGGAGAAGCAGUUGGCGUUGCAAAAUGUGUUAACAAUUUAUGUGGCCGCUGGAAAGUGCAGCGCACCGCAUCUGCGCGAUGCCGCGUUCAACUUUGGUGUUGAAAAUUGGAUGAAGUUAUCCAACUCAGGAUUACUUGACCAAGCCGAAGUAAGCAGUCAAGACUUGAAGCAAUUCGUGAAGGCUUGGGGGGCAAGAUGUGAGGAGGCAAGGGUUGCUGAAAAUUCGGAUAAUCAAAAAUACAGACACAAAUGGCGGUACAUACGUACCUUUAAAAAGUGAGAAACUUUAUGUUAAGGUUACGCUAAUAAAUUGUAAAAAUAAUAUUUAUUGCUGAUCAAAAAUAA